UGUUGUGCUGCAGAAGCCAGAGGCGGGAGCAUGUCAUAACCCUCUUCCGCCACCAGGGGGAGCAGAGGCCACACUGAGCUUGACCCGCUGUGAGCUCUGAGGAACGAUGAUCUCCACGCCUCCGACCACGCCGCCUCCCAUGCAGGACAUCUUUCUGCCCCAGGAUCCUCGGGGACCAGGGUGGCCAGAACACCCCCUCUCCGCCACCUUCAGGGGGCGCUACUUCUCCUGCCCCGCCGGCCCUCCGUCCUCUCCCUCUCCCUGCCCCUCCCCGCCACCCCCUCGAGUCUGCCCCGACCGAGCUGCUGUCUCCCUGCGGCCCCCUUCCGGCAGCCACCCUGACUGCCUGCGCAGACGCAGCUGGGAGCCCGGGUCAGGGCUGCAGGACAGCGCGCAGUACCAGCAUCGCAGUGUCAGUCUGGAAGGACUGGACCCCGAGGAGAUGCAGAGGGUUUUGGGGGGCGUCUCCCCUCCCCAAGGCAGGUGUGACCCUCGCAGGAAGCCCAUCACACAUUGCACACAGGAACUGGAGUCCCUGCUGUCACUCACAGAGGAGGAGGUGGGCCCAGAGAAGGGGCACUUUCUGUUGCUGAAGGCCAAACAGCUCCAGGAGCGCAGCUCGUCGGCGCCCUCUAUCUGUGUCAAGCUGACCAAAUCCGCCUCCCUCUCUGUCAUCUACCAGGACUACUCCGACUCUGACGAAAUCUCACUGUAUCCUCAAGACCGAGGAUCCACACAGAGUGUGGAUGCGCCCGCCAGCUCGGCUCGUUACCCUGCCGGACGAGCAUGCAGCUCCGAGUGCACGGGUCCGCAGCGCAAAGCAGAGAAAUAG